AACCUUAUAUUUCCACUAACUCAGUUUUAUAUUCUCUGUAAUAAAACUAUUAGACCAUGGUUUCUUCCAAACGCCAUUUAUCAUGUGAAGAAGAGGAAGUAUCAACUCAUCACAAGAAAGCAAAACAACUGCCUCCUUUAUCAAGUAUUGUUCUCAAUUCUGCUGAUUGUGAUUUAGAUUUCAACAUUGAAUGCAAUGGACUUGUUGGAUAUGGCCUUCAUGAGGAAGGCUUUGGUUACUGUUGGUCUGGUGCUAGAGCUACUGUUGGAAUAACAAAGGGAAGAUAUUGUUUUGGUUGCACUGUUGUUUCUGCUCAACCCGUUGAUACCGAUGAUACUUCCCUUGAUCAGCAACAUCUUUGUCGUCUUGGUGUUUCUAGAGGUGAUGAUACCGUUGGAGCUCUUGGUGAGACAAAACACAGCUUUGGUUAUGGUGGCACUGGAAAGUUUUCCAAUGCCGGCAAGUUUAUGAAUUUCGGUGAUAAGUUUGGAGUUGGUGAUACAAUUGUUUGUUGCAUGGAUCUUGAGAGUAAACCAUUUGCUUCUAUUGCAUUCUCUAAGAAUGGUAAAUGGUUGGGUAUUGCGUUUCAAUUUGAUGUUGGUUCUCUUGGUCUUGGAAUGGACUCUUCUUUUUCAAAGGAUUCGCCUUGGGAAUGGGCACUUUUUCCGCAUGUUCUUUUGAAAAAUGUUGUGGUUCAGAUGCAGUUCAGUGUUGAACAAGGACUUGUGCCUCAAGAAGGGUUCAAACCUUGGGCCUUGGCAGUUGCAGAUGGAAAUGCGGUUAUGGGACCUUCAUUUUCUGAACCAAAGGAUUGUGAAUUGAUGAUGCUCGUGGGAUUACCGGCUUCAGGAAAAACUACAUGGGCUGAAAAAUGGGUGAAAGAUCAUCCGGAGAAGCGUUAUGUUUUGCUUGGCACAAACUUAAUUCUUGAACAAAUGAAGGUUCCUGGGCUGUUGCGGAAAAACAACUAUGGUGAAAGGUUUGAUCGUUUGAUGGACAAGGCAAGUUCAAUGUUCAAUGUAAUUCUGUCCAGGGCAGCUAACAUACCUCGCAAUUAUAUAAUUGAUCAGACAAAUGUGUAUAAAAAUGCACGCAAGCGUAAGCUUAUGCCUUUUGUUGACUAUCAAAAGAUUGCUGUUGUCGUGUUCCCAAAGCCAGAAGAGCUCAAGAGACGAUCUGAAAAAAGAUUUGAAGAAAUGGGCAAAGAAGUUCCAGUUGAUGUUUUGAAUAACAUGAUUGCUAACUAUGUUCUACCUAAGAGCAAGGAUUUUCCGAACUCAGAUGAAUAUUUUGAUAAGGUUUUGUUUGUUGAACUGAAUCGAGAGGCGUCUCAAAAGUAUUUGGAUCAGGUGAAGCAAGAUACUCCAUCUCUAUCUAAUAACAACCAGUCAACAUUAUCGCGCAGAGGUUCUUCUCAGUCUUCUUUCGGGCCUGCAUUGCAAAAUCAAGGAAGUUCAACAGGAAGUGGCAUUCAACAGUGGAGAGCUCAUUGUCCAAACUCUCAAGCCGACUAUAGGAUGCCUAGUCAAGUCGAUGCACAUGGCCAUAUGACUGAACCUCAGCUUAGCAUGAAUCCAUUGUCAGGAGGAUAUCCAAGCAGUCAAAUUUCAAAUGUUGCAAGACCACCCUAUCCUUUUGGACUUUAUUCCAAUCACGAACCAUCUUGUUAUCCUAGAGAUAAUGCUGGUUCCAGUAGAACUUACGGUGACGUCGAAGCAUAUAGGAAUCCUGUUUUGGGUAGCCAGUAUAGGCCAAGUAUGGCAGGGAACAGCAACAUGGGUUUUCCUGGAAGACCUUAUGUUGACUACCGUGAGUCGCAACCUUUUAAUUAUAGUACAUAUGGAAGACCUUAUGUUGAAUACAGAGAUUUCCAACCUGAGUUGCCUUCACCUGCUGCAGCCACACCUUCGCUUCCCCCGUAUGGAGAAGCGACAUUAAGACCUCAACAUGGUGGAUUACCUGAUAACGUGCAGUAUUCAGGGAGAUAUGCUUGUCAGUAUCCAAAGUACUACUACCCUUGAAAUUUACCAGACAUUAUAUUUGGUACGGCUCUGCCAGAGAAAAAAUCCUGGAUGCGCAUGGAAGACUUAAAGGACACGAGCUUUUGAAGGAAAUCCUGAUGUUGAUUCAACUGAAACCAAAUAUGGAAGAUAGAUGCGCGUGGUGGAAAACCAAGGAAGGAUUCCUUGUCAAAGGUAGCUAUGAGAGGUUGGAAGAGUUAAGCUGUGAAGGAUUUAUUGUAGAGGAAGGUAUUCUUAGAGAAAUGAGAAAGCUUUGGAGAUCCAUAGUGCCGAGCUUAAUUCAUUUAUUUGGGUGAAGGGUUUUGCUGAAUAGAUUGCAAACAUGAAUGGAGCUUGUUAGAAGAGACAUUACUGAGGCAAGACAGUUGUGGUACAAAAUCCUUAGAUGGCUUGAUUUGUAUUCAGUUCCAAAAGUUAAGGCAAAGCUUCAAAAUUUGAUGUGGUUAGCAGUCUGCUGGAUUAUUUGGAUAAGUAGGAUUGAAAAUCUAUUCCAAGUUUAAAGGCCAAAUGGAACUUCUUUGGUUGAUUGGAUCUUGAAGCCUUUACGUCGCUCUAAUAAUGUUGUUUGUUUUGUUUUGCUGGUGUGCUGUUGUAGGUUCUUUUGGUUGUGGGUCUGUUAUGUUCAGCUUAGUUUGUUCCUUGUAUUUCCGGGUUUAGUACCUCUUUACUCUAUUAAUUAUUAAAAAAAAAAAAAUGGUAAAGUGUGCAGAAGAGAUGAAUAGAAAGCACAAAAUAAUAAAGUUUUUUUGGGAGGAAACUGUUAUGUUAUUGAAUUGCAUAAACCUGGAAAAUAUUACAA